UGCAGAUCUCGUAUUGAUCUUGGUAUCCUACUUGACGGCAGUGGCAGUCGGUAUAGAUUCAGCCAAGUCCUUUACCUCGCACGAUUGAUCAUCAGAUAUUUUGACAUUUCUAGGAUCUAUACUCGUGUUGGUAUCAUUGCGUAUUCAAACACUCCAAUUCCGGUGUCUAAUUUCCGUACCUUCUCGCGCAAAUACGAUUUGUUAAAGGCAGUGAAAAAGAUCGGCUUUCCUCGCGGACGAUCGUAUACAGGACGCGCGUUGCGCUUUGCUAAGAGAUAUUUGUAUACCGGGUCACGAUCGUCUUCUCGAGCCAGAGUCCUUGUAGUUGUCACUGGUAGUAGAUCCUCCGAUGGUGUCGCGCGGCCUGCCGAGAUGCUCAGGCAAGCUGGGGUCGAGAUAUUCGCGGUUGGAAUGGGUGGCAGGACCAGCAUGACCUCUUUGUCUACCAUAGCGAAUGACCGUUACCACGUGUUCACUGGUGUGAGAUUGAGAAUUACAACCAGCCUGCCAAAACUUGUGGCAAAGAUAUGUGCAGCUACUCCAAAACCGACACCAACGAGGAGUAAGUAAACAGAAAGCAAUAAUCGAUGUAAUUCAUAUUACGAACGGAAACUAAGAAUCACAGUUAUACAGAUCUUUAUCCUUUUUAGGACUUUUAUAUAUUGGGGCAAACGUGCAAGUUCUUAACCGCUAAAAAUUUUACACAACCUGCACAUUUUGCAUUCGUUUUAUCGAUGAUUUAAGACGAUGAAUAGCCUCAAAAAUCCAGUUCUUUUGAUGUGCAUCUCUUCAAAAGAGAAAGAGAGGAAUGAAGUUUGUAACGUUGUAGCUACAUCAUGUUUCAAUAGAAUUUACUGUUGUACUGACGUUUCAUGUUUUCUUUGAUUCCAGAGCCUGGCCCAUAUGUGACAAAAAAACCAUCACCAAAGAUUGGUAAGAAAAUGUUAUUAUGUGACAGUUUCCCUCGGGUAACUAAUUAUUUCCAACAAUUCACUACUUGUGUAGAUGUGGUUGGAACUUAGUCCUAAUAGACCAGUGUUUGUACGUCUUGUAAUUGGCAGAUGGGAGAGGGGGGGGGGGGUUUGCCCAUGUUUUCUAUCUUUUUUACUGUGGUAAACCAGCCAUUACACACUGACUCUAUAUUCCCUCUUUGCUAAUAUUAUGAUUUUUACAUGGCAUUGUCAUUGACAGAGGCAAACUAAUGUGAUUUGUGAAAAAUAUCACACUCAUUAUUACUUUUAAUUAUACUAUUGGCUUAAUAAUCCGAUUACGUUUGUUUUCACUCCAACAGAGCCACCACCGGCUAUGGGCGUAUACCCAUUAAAUGGCAUAGAACGUGGAAAAGACAAAGGCCCCUUUAAAAAUCCGCCUGCAAGACUUGUCAAUGUCGUUUCUAAGAACGGACCUGACGGGCUUCCAGCUGGUUCUUACCAACUGCAAGGAUUUGCCAACAGCUUUAUUUACUUCCCAAAUACCGGACGGUUGGAUACACAUAGCUCAAUCACCAUCCUUCUGUGGCUCUACCCAGAAAGUGCUGGACCGAUAUUCCAUUACUAUCCCAGGGGUAUCGGUGUCAAUCUCCGUAUGAUUAGCCGUAGGGUAAUCCGUGCGGAGUUUGUGACUCGCAACCGGAGAAAAUCGUUCAAGAUCUCUAGGAGAAUACGUUCCCGAGUGUGGAACUACAUUGCUGCUACUUACGAUCAGAAAACUGGCUUGGCAACCUUGUGGUUGGAUGCUAUUCCAAUCACUCAACGAAAUAUCGGGAGGAUUCGACUGGCCACAAAUUACCCAGCUAUUUCAGGACGAAGGCCCGGUGACCCUAGACAUUUCAGAGGUCGCAUCUCGUGUCUUCAUAUUUACAAUCUUGCACUUAACUCUUAUCAGAUAAGGAGGCUCAAGAGAUUUUGCUUCCGCGCAAGUAAGUUGGUAUAUUUUAUCUGACAUCACUAGUGUAAACGAUUCGCGUCGUGAAGUCCUCCAGAAAAGUACAAAUCAUUUAACAAGCGGCAGGAAACUUAUAAUUCACUACGCCUGUUUCGAUCCGCACUGAAAAUUUUUUCUGGUACAUUUUUCGUAUCUUCAACUGAUACUCAGUGAAUACAUUUUCAACCAAGUUUGCUGCACACAGUUCAAAUGGUGUGAAGUAGAUAGAUACUUAAGAUACCGAUUUAGAGCUCAGCACUUCGUCGGGGCCGUUUGCAUGCAUACUUCUGCUGACUUACUUAAAGAUCUUGUACCUUUAACAAUUGUCCAUUUCUUUUUUAGGACCUGUGACACCGAAACCAACGCCAGGUACGUUAAAAAAAUGUUCUGAAUAA